AUGAAAAAUGCUACCGCCCAAGACUGCGCAGAAGCUAUCUUACACAGAUGGAUCAGCCGUUUUGGUGUUUCAGACAACAUCACCUCCGAUCGGGGCCCUGCCUUCUUAUCUCAGUUGUGGACGUCCCUGGGAGAGUUACUGGGAGCGAACCUUGACCACACCACGGCUUACAACCCAGCAGCCAACGGUAUGGUGGAACGAACCCACCGCACUCUAAAAGCCGCAUUAAUGGCACGCUGUACUCGACCGGAUUGGAAGGCCCAACUACCAUGGGUCCUCCUUGGAAUUCAGACAGCACCUAAACAGGGACUAAGCGACUACCAAGCCGAAAUGGUUUUCGGAGAUGCUCUUGUUGUUCCACCUUCAUUAGGCAUGACAUUAAGAAACCACCCCUCACCCUCCCUUACCGGAGCUCCUACGCCGUCUUGGAGCGGAAAUCAAAGGCAUUUCGCCUCCGCAUAG